AUGUGUUUAACAGGUGAAGCUCCUGCCUUCAAACAACGCUCGGUGUCAAACAGAGGGUCAAAGGUCACAGCAGAGAGAGUGGCCCUGCUGGUUCUCAGCGCUCUCCUGGCAGCUGCCAUCAUUGUUAUUUACCGUCUAAUUUUCGCUAACAUCCAAACCAAGAAAAGUUUCCAGACACUGAGAGACGAGCAUGAAGCUCUAAAAAGAAAUCUCACAGAUGAAACGAUAUGUGAAGAAGGCUGGGAGCAACAUGGAGGAAAGUGCUAUUAUUUCUCCAACAAUAGUUCACCCUGGGAAAAUAGCAGAGAGGAUUGUCGACAACAAGGAGGAGACCUGGUUAAGAUAGACAGCAGAGAGGAGCAGACAUUCCUGGAGCUGAAAGUGAGAGAAAAAAUGAACUAUUUUGAGGACAGGUUCUGGAUUGGACUGACAGACUCAAAGGAAGAGGGCACAUGGUUGUGGGUGGACGGCUCUCCACUGUACACAAGUUCAUCUUUUUGGAGCGGUGUUGAGCCAGACAACUGGACAGAGGAAGAUCCUGAUGGGGAGGACUGUGCGAGGAUGGGGGAGAUAGCAAGACAUCUUUGGUGUUGGUUUGAUAAAUCCUGCAAAGUGCCUCACAGACAAAUUUGUGAGAAACAAGCAGAAACUGGGAACUAAUAUCUGAAAUGUUGUUCAGUUUAGGUCUCACUCAGCCUGUUAAACAAUCUCAGAACAGGAUACAGAAUGUGGAG